CGCGCACGCACGUCCGCCCCUCGCUUCCGGCGCGGCGGCCUCCGCCGGACAGACGGGACCCCAGCGCCCGGCCUCCCCGAGGGCAUGCGGCGCUGAGGAGCGGCGGACCUUCGCGGCGGCGCCAUGAACCUCCUGCCGUGUAACCCCCACGGCAACGGGCUGCUCUAUGCCGGCUUCAACCAGGACCACGGAUGCUUUGCCUGUGGGAUGGAAAACGGAUUCCGAGUCUAUAACACCGAUCCGCUAAAAGAAAAAGAGAAACAAGAAUUUCUGGAAGGAGGAGUUGGCCAUGUUGAAAUGUUAUUUCGCUGCAACUAUUUAGCUUUAGUCGGUGGUGGGAAAAAGCCGAAAUACCCCCCCAACAAAGUGAUGAUCUGGGAUGACCUGAAGAAGAAGACUGUUAUUGAAAUAGAAUUUUCUACAGAAGUCAAAGCAGUCAAGCUGCGGCGAGAUCGAAUUGUGGUUGUUUUGGACUCAAUGAUUAAGGUGUUUACGUUCACACAUAAUCCCCAUCAGUUGCAUGUCUUUGAAACCUGCUAUAAUCCUAAAGGCCUCUGCGUCCUGUGCCCCAACAGUAACAACUCCCUCCUGGCCUUCCCGGGCACACACACGGGCCACGUGCAGCUUGUGGACCUGGCCAGCACCGAGAAGCCGCCCGUGGACAUUCCAGCUCACGAGGGCGUCCUGAGCUGCAUUGCUCUCAACCUGCAGGGAACAAGAAUUGCAACCGCAUCUGAGAAAGGGACCCUUAUAAGAAUAUUUGAUACUUCAUCAGGGCAUUUAAUCCAGGAACUACGAAGAGGAUCUCAAGCAGCCAAUAUUUAUUGCAUUAACUUCAAUCCGGACGCUUCCCUCAUCUGUGUGUCCAGUGACCACGGCACAGUGCACAUUUUUGCUGCCGAAGAUCCAAAAAGGAAUAAACAGUCUAGUCUGGCUUCAGCCAGUUUCCUUCCAAAGUACUUCAGUUCCAAGUGGAGUUUUUCCAAGUUUCAGGUUCCCUCAGGCUCUCCAUGCAUCUGUGCCUUUGGAACAGAGCCAAAUGCCGUCAUUGCGAUUUGUGCAGACGGCAGCUACUACAAAUUCCUAUUCAACCCCAAGGGGGAGUGCAUCCGGGACGUCUACGCACAGUUUCUAGAAAUGACCGAUGACAAGCUGUGACUCCACCGGGAGUGCAACCAGCACCCACAGCCGGCCACCCCCGAAGCGCUGCGUGUGCCCUUCAGACUCCUGGGGUGGGUGCCGGUGCCCUUGGGCCUCGUGGCUCAGCGGCUGGAGGACUGCCCGGGGACCUUGGUCCUGAGGCCAUUCUGUGGUUGUCUGUUUCCUUGAGCAGGGCUUCCCAUUUCCAGUAUUAAAGGACGAAUCAUCAUCAAGGCAGUGUAGACGCUCAGUGGCUCUGAGCCACCCGGGCCCGACUGCUGGCCCGCGACCUUUAGUUCAGCUUUGACGCUAGCUUCUGCCCUCCCACCUGCGCCUCCCCCGUGCACCUGGGGGCUCCGUACACAUGUAGGGACUGGGUUGACAAAAGGAUGGACAAAUAGAAAUUUGUUUUGGCAAUAGAUUCCAUCAUUUUUACUGAGUCUGUAAUGGGGAAAUGAACAAAUGUGUCAAUGCGAGUUCUCGCAUUACACCAGAUUUCUAAAUAGAACAAGAAUACCAGCAGCUUGCCUUAGAAAAGGAGAAAGGAAUUCCUUCUCCCCUCUGAACAUGACGCAAAGAGACAGCCGUGUCAGCCUAGGGUGGGCGUCUCCCUGCGAGCUGGCGUCCUGGUCUCCCGGGCCUGUGGCGCGGCCGUCCCCGUCUGUCUGUCUGUCUGUCGGAGCUGCUGGCAUCACCCGCGGCGAGCAGAGCGCUUCGUGUGCCCCGCGGGUCUCCUGAGUUUCCCCGUUGUGUGUAGGGAGCAGAGUAACACGGAGACGGUCACUUAAUUUAGAGGAUGUGGAGGGAAGGGUUGGGCGCCACAGCGGCCGGGCCGGACACCGGGGCAGGAGCGGGAAGCCUCAGCCCGCCGCGCCCCCGUCGUUGCUCAGAGCCGCUCUCUCUAGCAUUCUGAGAAGGGAAGGCACAUGAUAACGUUUCCUAGCAUCGGUGGCUAAAACAGGUUAUGGGCUCUAUGUUGUUAGGACUCCCAGAGGUACGUAUUCCGUUUUCUUAAAUUCCCUUUACAGAAGCCUAAUUGUAUGGUUUUGAUUUCAGGUUGUAAACAUUGAAAGUCUGCAGCGGCAGCUCCUGGUUCUGCCAGUUCUCACUGUCAUGUAAUCAACUAACUUUGUAUGUGGAUUUCAGUGUAAAGUAUGCAUGUUACUUUGGUGUGUAUUUAAUCAUGAAAUUUAAUUUUGCACUUAUUUGUAAUGUUUCUUUUAAAUAAAAGUGACUAAUUUUGUUGUACUCUG